AUGAUGCCCGCAAACGCUCGAAGUGCUUUCCGUCCGCCAGCAGCUCGUCAUGAAGAGCAAACGUCUCAGGACGAGUCCGAGCUUGAAACGCUGCCCGCGCAUGGGGAUGUGCGCACCAGCAGCAAGGAAGAAUUGGAAGGAAGAUGCCGAGAGCUGAGUGAGCAGUUGCAGGAUGCACAGCAGCGGCUGUCGUCGAUGGGAACGGACACAGAUGGCCUGGGAGCCUCAACGCAGAACCUGCUCAGUGCCGUUGAGACAGAGGUAGGCCCUGCACGGGCUUUGGAGCUUCGCAUGAUCGCGAAGGCGCAAGCUGGACAGCAGCAAGCCAUGACGUUGAUGGCCGCUAUGCUGGACCGCAUGGGCUCAGCGCCGCAGCUUACUGCAGCGCAGCCUACUGCAGCGAAGCCUGCCACCAAGCAGCCUCCUGCAAAGAGGCCUCCGGCAGCUGCAGAAGUCCGUGUGCCUCAGAAAGCCUUCGUUAGGAUCCCCAAGCAGCAGGCGCAGAGGACAGAGCCGCCGAAGAAGCGUGGACGGCUUUCGUCAAGCUCUGCCGGCCCUGCAGAGGCGGAAGCUGCCCGCCCUGCAGAGGCGGAAGUGGUCGAGCCGAUCUCCGCCUCGACCCUGCAUGAGCUUCAUGGUUGGGCCACUGGGCGAGUGGGAGGACGAUGGAGACGCCGAGGCUGA